GUUGGUGAUUAUGAAAUAGCAUGUGUUCCUCUAAGAUUAGACAAACAAUGUCUCAUUUCUACAAUACACUAUUCUAAUGGAUCUAUACAUUUCUAACUGAACAACUUUGAAUGACAAGAAAAUGGUAUGAGAAUAACUUCCUACACAUUUUGCAGAACAUUUCAGAGGAAAGCACACAGCACACAGAGGAGGCAGAACAUCCAAUCAUUGUUCAGGGGGUCCCCCUCACCCGGCCUUCAUUUCCACAAUGGCUGCUCUGCGCUGAUUCAUCCAAAGCUGUAGAUCUGAUGAGUGUGGUCCAUUUCUGGGUCAGUGAACAGCUUGGCAAGCUGCUGCUCUGAAAAGGGGAACAGAGAGGAGAGGCCAUACAUUUCAGACUCACACCCUAAAAACGCACAACAACUAACUACACACACUCAACACACAUAGGCCUACAUAACACUGUGAACCCUUCACUCAAAUGCUGACACAUACUGUAUGUCCUCACAAAGGAGCAGCAGAGUUCACGGAGCACUUUGGCAGGAUUCAGUUUCACACCAGUGAGCAUGAGGUCGCCCUAUUUCCCAGCGAGGUCCAUGCUCUUCCGCAAGGAGCCAAACGGGGUGACGUACAGGGUCCCAGCUCUGCUCUACCUGCCCCGCACCAGCUGCUUCCUCGCCUUCUGUGAGGAGAGACUCAGCCCGUCCGACUCUCAGGCUCACCUGCUGGUCAUGAGGAAAGGAACCUUCUACAGGAACUAUGUGGAGUGGGAGGACAUGCAUGUUCUGGGCACCGCCUUCCUUUCAGGUCAUCGCUCCAUGAACCCGUGUCCGGUGUACGAUGAGUUCACAGGUACCCUCUUCCUGUUCUUCAUCGCUGUCCUCGGCCACACCUCUGAGUCCUACCAGCUGGUGACGGGGAAGAACGUGACUCGACUCUGCUUCAUCUGCAGCACAGACGAAGGAGACACUUGGAGCCCUGUCACCGACCUCACACAGAGGGUGAUAGGAGACACUAUCAAAGAAUGGGCCACUUUCGCCCUCGGCCCAGGCCACGGUAUCCAGCUGAAAUCGGGUCGUCUGCUGAUCCCUGCCUAUGCUUACCACAUCGACUGCAAAGAGUGUUUCGGACAGAUCUGCCAGACCACCUCUCAUGCUUUCUGCUUCCACAGUGACACCCACGGGCGAACGUGGCGAUUCGGGGAGGCCGUGCCGGGCCCGGAGAGCGUGGAAUGUCAGAUGGUCUCGGUGGAUGAAGAGGAUGGGACUAAUGUGUUGUACUGUAAUGCACGCAGCCCUCUGGGUUACAGGGUGCAGGCGCUCAGUCUGGAUGAUGGAGCUGCAUUUCAGGAGGGGCAGCUGGUGCAGCGGCUGGUGGAGCCUCGGAAUGGUUGCCAUGGUAGCAUAGUGGGGUUUCCUGCCCCUUUACACUUGUGUAAAUCUCUUCCUCUUUACUUACAACAACAUACACAUCACACCAGACAUUGGACAUCCUUAAUGUCCCACUCAUAUCCCCCUACAUCUCUCUCUUCAAACACUACCCCCUUGUCCCCUAAUUUAAACGCCCCUCCAGAUUUCCUCACCCCCACCUGGGUAGUUUACUCCCACCCAACAUGGACAACAGCUCGCAAGGACCUAGGUGUUUUCCUCAGCCUGUUUCCCCGGGACCCAGACAGCUGGCGCGGCCCCUGGGUGAUCUAUGAAGGCCCCAGCGCCUACUCCGACCUUGCCUACCUGGAGUUACCGCCCUCAACUGGUGCACCCCCCGCUGUGGCCUUCGCCUGCCUGUUUGAGUGCGGCACCGCGACGGCCUACGAUGAAAUCUGCUUCAGCAUCUUCACCCUCUACGAGCUCAUCGAUAAUCUGCCCCAAAAUGUGCAGCUAAGACAAAGCAAAGGUGAAUGUGAGACAAGAUCAACAAGUGGACACGGCGCUCCAGUGGCCCAUCAGGGGGAGAAGAGGAGAGAGAAAAGGAACUUAGCAAAGAUGUGCUCUGUGUCUUGA